UGAGCUACAUCUCCAGCCACACAGCCACAUAGCUACACAAGUGGAUUCCCCAACCUCCUCCAAAUCCACGACUUCGGGCUGAAUUCACUGGCUACGAUUAACAGACACCACGAUGGCCGAGAACUACGGGCCACGUUGGCUGGCUGUCAUGAUUCACUUUACCAAGUUUUCAUAGUAGAGUUCUGCUACUAUAUCUCAUUUCCUUUUUUCUUCAUGACUAUUCUCUAGCACUAACCACUCCAGCAGAAAUGCCAUUUAUUCCCCAUACCCCAGAAUCACUUAUACCACGCUCAGACUCGAGAGACCCCACUACUACUUGUCGCGGACUGACUUCCAGCGGCCGGUUAUGCCGCCGUGCCAUCGCGACUUCAAGUCCGCCAGCAACUGUGAGACUAUCUUUGCAAAGUCCUAUUGGGGACAUCCUUCCUUCAGAUGGCUUCUGCUGGCAGCAUAAGGAUCAAGCGACAUCUGCACAAGGGCUCCUACCCAAUGGCGCAAAGAACUCGACCAUACGGGAACGAACGAGCGUCGAUACACUCGUAGAUAGGCUAGGACUACUUGAAAUAAAGCCGGAGAAAACUGCUGCAAAGCAGCGGAGGAAGUCUUCGCAACCUCGACCGAUAUUGUACGCAAGCGGCACACAUUACUCCGAGAAGCAGCAACAUAUGAACACGGCACCUAGAAACCCUCGAAAACAACACAAUAUCACCCUUCUCUGUUGCGUCGGAGUUGCCGACGAGGAUCCCGUUGUUGCAAGACCUGCACAGAUUCGAAAUCGCACAUCUCACAAUUCGCGAAGUCGACCACCGAAUUUCCAGCCAAUGAUCCAAUCACCACAGCUCUCACAGCCACCCAAACAGAGCCGGCCCCCUCGUCCAUCAACUGGGAGCUGGGAGAAGCCCAUCAACAUCGACCCUCAAAGACCGCAGCCCGCCCGCGGCCCAUCAUCUCAUACCCAACAACUCUUUUCCCUGAUACCUAAAACUACCUCACCCCAGAUCACCUCUCUCCUCUUGGCCGAGCUCUCCAAACCGCCCUCCCACGUAGAUGAUGAAGGCUACAUCUAUAUCUUCUGGCUCACGCCCACAUCACACCCGCAAACCCCGCCCUCGGAAGCUGCGCCGUCCCUCCUCGACUCCUCGCCCCGCCUUCAACCAGGCAAGCGGCGAACAAGCGAGGCGCUCCAGGCUUUCUCAUCCAGUACGGAUAGGGAGGCACGCAAGACGAUCCUGCUGAAGAUUGGCCGGGCGUCGAAUGUCCAGCGCCGCCUGAACGAGUGGUCAAGGCAGUGCGGGUACAACCUUUCCCUCGUGCGGUACUAUCCCUACCAACCCUCCUCGCCUGGGCUUGAGGUGGGGGCGCCGAGGAAGGUGCCGUAUGCGCAUCGACUUGAGAGGCUGAUUCAUUUGGAGCUGAGUGGGAUGCGGGUGCGGGGAAGUGCGGGCUGUGAGAGCUGUGGGCGGGAGCACCGCGAGUGGUUUGAGGUUGAAGCUACGAGGGAAGGCGUGAGAAGCGUGGAUGAGGUGGUGAGGAGGUGGGUGGAUUGGGGGUUGAGAGGGGUAACGUAGGUACGUUAUUAUAUAACGAAUCGGACGAACCGUUGGCAUGUUUUCAUCAUUUGCGAUGCUUCUCUUUAGAUUCAAUGAUAAAUGCAUAUGGUGAACACAUUUUCUCAUUUCUCUCUGGCGAAUGACUCGAGUUUAACCUUAAUUCGAUACUUGUCUCGUCGUUAUGCGACGUCCGAUAAUGGAUCCCACCAUGAAUAAUUUUGGUUAUACACUCUCAUUCUUCGUCCAUAAUCUCGUACACCCCCUCCUCUACCUCCUCUAAGUCGUAAACCUUCAGUCUCCCGAGAGUAGACCUGAUCUUGCGGUGGGUUGUUCUGUCGAAUGCUGCAAGGACUAUUUUCUCUGCAUGGGAACCCUAAUCGGCAUCGUACUUGGCGAUAGUAUAGCUGCCUCCCUUAUAAUAGACCGCAGUAUCGAGUAUAUCCUCCUCCUAUCUGCCUCAAUUUCCCACUCGAGGAGCCUAGUCUUCGAAAACAUGCCAUCAUUAUUGAUUCAACAGAACCGGAAAGAAUUCCCAUCAGACGAUAUGCCAUAUACAACACAAUUCUCUCUAGAGCCUUUUUUACUCGUUGUGUGAACGAUGCCCAUGUAAGCCGCGAGAUGUGGCAGGGUUGAAUCUGUACCAAGCUGCCGUUUGGCUUCGACGAUUAAUCGUUGGUUCUCAAACCACCGCCUGGAGGCGGUUGGCGAAAGCGAACUGGGACGCGAAAGCGAUUGUGGGACACUUCGGGAG